AUGGUAACUGUAGUUGUGCAGCAGCCUCUUGGCAAGGCUGGGACAGAAGCUUGGAAUUCAGGAAUAUGUGACUGUUGCGAGGAUGUGAGUUCAAGCUGCUAUGCGUUCUGGUGCUUUCCUUGCUUUACCUGCACCACCACUGGAGAGUUUGGGGAGAGCACCUGUCUGCCUCUGCUGGACAUAUUGGGCCCAGCUCUCAUGGCUGCGUUUGGAAUUGGAGUUUGUGUUCGGCCUGUGGGUCUGGCAAUGAGGGUGGCAGUUCGCUACAAAUAUCAAAUUGGGGGCAGUCUCUGUGAGGACAUCAUGGUGUCUUGCUGUUGUAUCUGGUGUUCUUGGUGUCAGAUGAGUAGAGAAAUCAAAGCACGCAAAAAAGUAAUCAAAGUAGUGCAAAGAAAUCCCAUGAUGCAACCAGUUCCAAUGGCAGUUAACCCACAAGUUGUCACUAUGCAGCAGCCCACAGUGAUCGGUGCCGCACCGACCUACUCACUUCAUUAG